CUCAAAUAUCCAUUCACCUCCAUAUUUAAUCAUUAUUGGUACUAAAACAGAAGUUGUAUCCAUUUUUUUGUAUCAAUUGUGAGCAAAUUUUUAGAGAUUUAUACAGGAUUGUGGAAUGUAAAAGGUAAAGAUGAGUAUCAGAAAAGGUAAUGAACGGAGAAUUAGGUGUUUGAAGGGAAAGAAAUUUGUGAUUGAAAAGAAAAGAAGGUAAAGUUGUAAUUUGAUUUUUUUAUUUUUAUUUUCCCGUUAUAUGCAGUUAAUGUGGAAAGGCUAUUUAGCGGGUUUAUAAUGUGACUCGCGAGUGGCUACUUACGGGUAUUACAAAUUUGGAUGCUAAUUUUAUAGAAUUAUUUUAUUUUAGGUGUUAUUUUUGUCCUUUCCCCUAAUUUUUUUUUUUUUUUGUAUAAAGACACAAAUUUUGAAAAUGAGGAAUGGGUUGGAAUUAUAGUUUGGGCGUGUGUUUUACUUUACUAAAUUGUACAGUGAGUUUGCAGUUGACCCGACCCAUUACGUUUGUCCAAUUAGAAAGCGGUUAUCCAUCCAUCCAGCCCAGUUGUGCUAAAAUUGCCUAGUCUAAACCCAUCUAAAAUGAAGAGAGCCAUUAUUCCGCCGUGUUCAUCUGAAGGGUUUUCGGAAUCCAAUGCCUGUCAAAGUAGCAAAGAGAAAGCAUUUCCAAACUGAAAAUGGAUUUUCUCAGUCAGAGCAGCAAAUGGAGAAGCAGAGAAUCCCCCCUAUCAUUCAGAUCCAACCAUAUAACGAAGCAAAAAAGGUAGAUCUUGAAUCGAGAAAAAAGGCAAAUAUUUUGAAAUGCCAACAUUCGGGGAAGAAGAAGCUGUUGAAGAAGAAAUCAGUACCUCACGGUCAAAUUCGCAAGGGGAAGAGAGUCGUGAAGAAGAUAGAUUAUGAUCAGCAGGCAAUUCAUUUCCAAGAGCAAAUACUUGUGGAUAUCCUCAGCAGGUUACCCUUGCGCUCUCUUCUUCGCUUCAAAUGUGUCUCCAAAACUUGGGAGGCAUUAAUAUCAGAUCCUUAUUUUCAUAAGAUGAUAAUGAAGAAGCAGCGUCAGAGUCCUGAUUCAACUUCCCAAAAGCUUCUUAUUCGCAAAAUGUUCAGUGACACUGCUCCCUCAAGGUUUAAAUUCUAUUCUUCUUCUUUAUCCACUUUUGAGGAUGUACAACAACUCGAUCCCCCUUUAACCCACUAUGUGGAUCGUUAUCACAUCUUUUCUUCUUUCGACGGCUUGGCUCUUCUUGCUGCUGAUACACAGCUUUUCUUGUGGAACCCCUUAACAAGAGAAACCGCACUACUUCCCCAUACAGAAUUUGAGGCAAUGUGCACUUGUUUCGUAUUGGGAUAUGAUGAUGCCACUGAUGGCUAUAAGAUCCUUAAAUUGGACAUGCGUCUACAAAAAUCCAUGGAAAUUCUCACGCUUAAAACAAGGUUUUGGAGGAAAAUUUGUAACCAUCCAACUGCCGUUUGCCCUACGACAGGACAUGAAAUGGAGAUUCUUCCUCGCCCAAGUAAAAAUAUUCCUAUGGAGCCUUUGGUAUGUGUACAUGGAGCUUUUCAUUGGCUUGGUGAUUUGAACGUAUCAGGAAAGUUUUAUGUGGUUUCAUUUAGUAUUUCAAAUGAGGUGUACGGAGACGUACCUUUGCUAGAGGAGAUGGGGAAAAAGGUUAACUACCGCCCAGAUUUUGGCCUUUCAUUAUUGGAUGGAAUGCUUUGCUAUUAUACUACUACUAAUGAUGGUUCAUUGGGUUCUUUUAAGUUGUGGGCUAUGAAAGACUAUGGUGUCAAGGAAUCUUGGAUAGUAUUGUGUACCUUACAAUUCAAUGGUCUUGUUAUAGCCAAACCACGAUAUAGGUUUCCAGAUGGUGGGCUGCUACUAUAUGCACCUGGGGAAUUCCCACAUCAAUGUGGGGUACCUAGCUGUUUUACAUUCCAGACAUUCAAAGGAAAAUUUGGAUUUUGGCCUGAACGCGGAGGAACCUUUGAGAAAGGAAUCGUUUAUAGAGAAAGCUUGAUUUCUCCAAAAUUAGUUAUUUAGUGUUUGCUUUGAGUUUGAGUUUCUAUUAGAAACGUCUCUAAAGUUUAUGAAUUACCUCUUCGGACCUCACUUUCAGGAUAACUAUGGGUGGGUAUGUUGUUCUAUACAAGCACUUUUGGGUAUCUAAUUCUUUUAAUGUUUAUUUUUCGGACAUAAUGUAUGGACCUCUUGUUCUAACAAUUAUAUUUAUGAAUUAUGGCCUCGUCGUGUGAAUCCUUUGAGAAA